UGUGACUCGGCGACGCUGCUCCUCCGCUGCUGCCCCGCGCGCGCGCGCUGCCCCAUGGCCCCGUCCCGGCUGCAGCUCGGCCUCCGCGCCGCCUACUCCGGCUUCAGCUCGGUGGCCGGCUUCUCCAUCUUCUUCGUCUGGACGGUGGUCUACCGACAGCCGGGGACUGCGGCAAUGGGGGGUCUGGCAGGUGUCCUGGCACUGUGGGUCCUGGUGACUCAUGUGAUGUACAUGCAGGACUACUGGAGGACUUGGCUCAAAGGACUGCGGGGCUUCUUCCUCGUGGGUAUUCUCUUCUCAGCCGUCUCCGUCUCUGCCUUCUGCACCUUCCUGGCACUGGCCAUCACCCAGCACCAGAGUCUCAAAGACCCAACCAGCUACUACCUCUCCUGCGUCUGGAGCUUCAUCUCCUUCAAGUGGGCCUUCCUCCUCAGCCUCUAUGCCCACCGCUACCGGGCUGACUUCGCUGACAUCAGCAUCCUCAGUGAUUUCUGACCCAGGGAAUGAGGUCACUCCAGCCUGGGGGCCCUCAGGACCUGUACUCAGCUUCUGGGUCAUUAAUUGAGCCUGGAGGACUCCAGAACCAUGGCAGAGCAUAUCCAGCAGGGCCAGUUCAGUUUCCCGGAAAGCCGUCUGGUCCCUUUUUGGGGAGACAGAACUGUUGAAGGGGCACUGCCAAUCUGCCCAUUAGCCUGGCUAAUGGGCAGCUUAGACCUUUCCAAAUGGAUCUAUUUUCUUAGCACUCUGAGGAAUCUUUGUACGUAGGGCCACGAUAAUGAACUCAAGGUGUCAAGGGGUAGGACUGUGAGGUCUGAACGUAUGGUUGGAGACAGGCUUCCUUGCUGCCUAGACUUCACUGAAGCCGCGUGUGCGGGAGGCAUCUGGAAAGGUUUGACCAAGUAAGGGAUCUCCAGUAGAGAUCUCCAAAUCCCACCCCAGCACCUCCAUCCUGUUGUCCUCAAGGGUCAGGUAGCUGAAUCCAUCAGUCCCUAGGGAAGUGACAGUUGGCUCUGUCUCCAAGCUGCAAGACUGAACAGAACCCAGUGUCUCUCCUCCUACUUUCCCUCCAGAGUUCUGUUUCCCACGAGGGUGCUAGAGCCAGCCAACCAUUCCUGUGUCGCACACAUGCACACGUGACCACACAUGACCAGAGCUGGGCUCCGCCGAUGGGGCUAGACCUGAGGACCACAGGAAACACACCCAUGCACCUAGAAGGGCUUUGGGAUAAGAGGGCAAGCUGGUGGGGGCUAGAGAGAGCACUACACCUCUACUCCUGAGUCUCCAGCCUUGCACGUUCACCUGACCCUCACUGCACCAGACCACCCCGACCACGAGGACCUCUCCCUGCACCGAACCCCAACACUGAUGCUCAUCUCUCUCCUGAAUGGACAUGGGCCCAAGGCCUUACCUAAGUAGAGAGGGAGGGCAGGAGCUGCCACAUUUAUCCUUUCUUGUUAGGUUGCCAUUUUGCACGUCCACUUUUCCACCAGGGUCCUGCCCCUCGCUCUCUGCCUUACACUGUCACUUUAGCAGAAAUACAGCGGCCAUUUUUAUCAGCCUCAGGGUGUUUCUUUGAGGGGGGGGUGUCUUGAGAGGGGACUGUAUGAGUGGGCGAGGUGGGGGCUCUACCUGUCUGAUUAUAUCUCUAAGGUAAGCUCUGGGCGAGCGGGCAGCCUGCCCUCUUGGCAUGAGGAGGCCACUAACUCAGACCUCCUUUGCUCCCCCAGCCCUGCCCUAUGGGGCUAGGAUGCUCACAGCCUCAGCAUCCCCUGCAGAUUCCAUGUCCACCCCCCAUUAUUCUGGGCACGUUUUUUCUGGCCUCUUGUCUCAUCCAUCCUUUUACUUUACGAUAUAUGCUUAAAACGUCAUGGUAAGGAACCAGAAGCCAUGUCCACAUCUAGGGCCAUUUACUGAAAGAUCCAGGAGGGAAUGACUACGGACACAGCAGGACUUAAGCCCAGGCGUGUGCUUCAUGACCUUUUGGGGUGUUUUGGCAAAUGGAGCCUGAGAACUUGUCCCAUAUCCCACAGGGCCCAGUCUGUAGGGCUCAGCCCGGGAUCAUCUCCUUUUUCACCUGGGUUGGUGGUAAGCAUAUAUUUGGAGUGGGUUCUUCCUUCAUGCAGUAGCCGUGGAGGGUAAGGGACUAGAGAGUCUGAGUUCGGCCCAAACUUGUCCCCUUUCUCAGCCCAUUGCAGGGUGCCGGGUGCACACCCACCCCACUGAUGAUGUCUCACUAACAUCCAGGAGGCGUACUCACAGGGCCUUUAAAGCAAAUAAAACAUUUAUUGUUCAGGUU